GCCAUGCGGAAAUUCAACAUCCGGAAGGUGCUGGACGGGCUGACGGCCGGCUCGUCGUCGGCGGCGGCGGCCUCGGCGGCGCAGCAGCAGCAGCAGGCGCCGCACCUCGCGCACCCGCCCGGCGCCCGCGAGCCCGACGUGCCCGAGACGCUCCAGGCCGAGCACUUCCAGCUCUGCAAGACUGUUCGCCAUGGAUUUCCCUAUCAACCCUCAGCCUUGGCCUUCGAUCCUGUACAGAAGAUCCUGGCAGUAGGAACACAGACUGGUGCUUUAAGGCUCUUUGGUCGCCCGGGAGUAGAAUGUUAUUGCCAACAUGAGAGUGGGUCUGCUGUCAUCCAGCUUCAGUUUCUGAUUAAUGAGGGAGCUCUUGUGACUGCCUUGGCUGAUGAUACCUUACAUUUAUGGAAUUUACGUCAAAAGAGACCUGCCAUACUACAUUCACUUAAAUUUUGCAGAGAAAGGGUUACAUUUUGCCAUCUGCCUUUCCAGAGUAAGUGGCUCUAUGUGGGCACUGAACGAGGCAAUAUACAUAUUGUCAAUGUGGAGUCCUUCACGCUCUCAGGCUACGUCAUUAUGUGGAAUAAAGCCAUUGAACUGUCAUCUAAAUCUCACCCAGGUCCUGUUGUCCAUAUAAGUGAUAAUCCAAUGGAUGAAGGAAAGCUUUUGAUUGGCUUUGAAUCUGGGACAGUAGUGCUGUGGGACCUCAAAUCAAAGAAAGCAGACUACAGAUAUACAUAUGAUGAGGCUAUUCAUUCUGUUGCUUGGCAUCAUGAAGGAAAGCAGUUUAUUUGUAGUCAUUCAGAUGGCACUUUGACUAUUUGGAAUGUGAGGGCCCCUACUAAGCCUGUACAGACAAUCACCCCACAUGGAAAACAGUUAAAGGAUGGGAAGAAGCCAGAACCAUGCAAACCUAUCCUCAAGGUGGAAUUCAAAACGACUAGAUCUGGGGAACCUUUUAUCAUUUUAUCAGGAGGUUUGUCCUAUGAUACUGUUGGAAGAAGACCUUGCUUAACAGUUAUGCAUGGGAAAAGUACCGCUGUGCUAGAGAUGGACUAUUCAAUUGUCGACUUUUUGACACUUUGUGAAACACCAUACCCUAAUGAUUUUCAAGAACCGUAUGCUGUUGUUGUUCUUCUAGAAAAGGAUUUAGUACUUAUAGAUCUUGCACAAAAUGGAUAUCCUAUAUUUGAAAAUCCCUAUCCUUUGACAAUACAUGAAUCUCCUGUUACAUGUUGUGAAUAUUUUGCUGAUUGUCCUGUGGACCUCAUUCCUGCACUUUAUUCUGUUGGAGCUAGACAGAAGCGUCAAGGUUAUAGCAAAAAGGAAUGGCCAAUCAAUGGAGGUAAUUGGGGUUUGGGUGCUCAAAGUUAUCCAGAGAUAAUUAUUACAGGGCAUGCUGAUGGAUCACUUAAGUUUUGGGAUGCUUCUGCAAUAACUUUGCAAGUAUUAUAUAAGCUAAAGACAUCUAAAGUAUUUGAGAAAUCAAGAAAUAAGGAUGACAGGCCAAACACAGAUAUUGUUGACGAGGACCCGUACGCCAUUCAGAUCAUCUCCUGGUGUCCCGAAAGCAGGAUGCUGUGUAUCGCAGGAGUUUCAGCUCAUGUCAUUAUUUAUAAGUUUAGCAAACAGGAAGUAGUUACAGAAGUCAUUCCGAUGCUUGAAGUUCGAUUGUUGUAUGAAAUCAAUGACGUGGAAACCCCAGAAAGUGAACAGGCUCCACCUUUACCAACACCAGUAGGUGGCUCCAACCCUCAGCCCAUCCCUCCUCAGUCUCAUCCAUCUACCAGUAGUAGUUCAUCUGAUGGACUUCGUGACAAUGUCCCGUGUCUAAAAGUUAAAAGCUUACCACUUAAACAGUCUCCAGGUUAUCAAACAGAACUAGUUAUUCAGUUGGUAUGGGUGAGUGGAGAACCACCACAACAAAUUACCAGCCUGGCAGUCAAUUCUUCUUAUGGAUUGGUAGUUUUUGGCAACUGUAAUGGCAUUGCGUUGGUAGACUACCUUCAGAAAGCUGUCCUCCUCAACCUGGGCACUAUUGAAUUAUAUGGCUCCAAUGAUCCUUAUCGUAGAGAACCUCGAUCUCCUCGUAAAUCUCGGCAGCCUUCAGGAGCAGGUCUCUGUGAUAUUAGUGAAGGAACUGUAGUCCCAGAGGAUCGCUGCAAAUCUCCAACUUCUGCAAAGAUGUCAAGGAAGUUAAGCUUGCCUACUGACCUAAAGCCUGAUUUAGAUGUAAAAGAUAAUUCUUUUAGUCGAUCACGAAGUUCAAGUGUAACCAGCAUUGAUAAAGAAACCCGGGAAGCUAUCUCUGCUCUUCAUUUCUGUGAAACUUAUACUCGAAAGGCAGAUACAUCACCUUCUCCCUGUUUGUGGGUUGGUACAACAUUGGGUACUGUGCUUGUCAUUGCACUGAACCUCCCCCCAGGAGGAGAGCAAAGGCUUCUUCAGCCAGUGAUUGUGUCUCCAAGUGGUACUAUAUUAAGGUUAAAAGGGGCAAUCCUGAGAAUGGCCUUCCUGGACACCACCGGCUGCUUAGUACCACCUGCUUAUGAACCCUGGAGAGAACCCAAUGUUGCUGAAGAAAAAGAUGAAAAGGAAAAAUUGAAGAAACGACGGCCUGUAUCUGUAUCCCCCUCUUCUUCUCAGGAAAUGAGUGAAAACCAGUAUGCAGUGAUCUGUUCCGAAAAGCAGGCAAAAGUAAUCUCACUGCCAACUCAGAACUGUGCUUAUAAGCAGAACAUUACAGAAACCUCAUUCGUGCUUCGUGGAGAUAUUGUAGCUUUGAGUAACAGUGUCUGCCUUGCUUGUUUUUGUGCCAAUGGACAUAUUAUGACUUUUAGUUUGCCAAGUUUAAGGCCUCUGUUGGAUGUAUAUUACUUGCCUCUUACUAAUAUGCGGAUAGCCAGAACGUUCUGCUUCACCAACAAUGGACAGGCGUUAUAUCUUGUGUCACCCACAGAAAUACAGAGACUCACUUACAGUCAAGAGACCUGUGAAAACCUUCAGGAAAUGUUGGGUGAACUCUUCACUCCUGUAGAAACACCCGAAGCACCAAACAGGGGAUUCUUUAAAGGCUUAUUUGGAGGUGGUGCACAAUCUCUUGAUAGAGAAGAACUAUUUGGAGAAUCGGCCUCAGGAAAGGCAUCAAGGAGUCUUGCCCAACACAUCCCUGGCCCCGGUGGCAUUGAAGGUGUGAAGGGAGCCGCUUCUGGAGUUGUUGGCGAGCUAGCUCGAGCCCGGUUGGCCCUUGAUGAGCGAGGCCAGAAGCUCAGUGACCUGGAAGAGAGAACGGCGGCAAUGCUAUCCAGUGCAGACUCAUUUUCUAAGCAUGCUCAUGAGAUGAUGUUGAAAUACAAAGAUAAGAAGUGGUACCAGUUCUGACGACCAGAAAUCCUAGGAAGUUCAACUUCAGUCCGAGGAAAAAAUGUUUUCCUUGUUUAUUUCAAUUCAGGAAAGUUAACAUUAAAGGAGGCUCACCACUGGAUACUGUUCUUUCCUAGCACAAUCAUGCACUGUUUUACCUCAGUCAUGUGGCUUUAACUGAGGGGUGUUCAUACACUCAAACUGGAGUCAAUGGCGUGGACCUGCUGUGAGUUGACAGUUGGAGAACUAAAGCAGGCCACCUGCUACAGAACAAGCAACCAAGGGUGAUUAGGAGGACACAUGGCAAGACUAUUCCUGGAUCAUUCCUGUACUAAGCUUUUCAUAUGCCAAAAGAUUCUGUGCUGUUGUAUCUGCCAUCAGUGUUUGACCUCUUUGAGGGAGAGGCAAUAAGUCUGAAGUCCUGAAGCUGAAAUAGCUCUGUUUGUGUCAUAACAGCUGUCCUGGACUUUUCCCUCCCUUAAACUGACUGGUCAUCAUUAGUGAAAAAGAAACAAACUGAUUGUCAUUCUACAUUUAGAUAGAUUAAGCUGAACGGUGGGCUUUAAAUUAUUUAAAAAAAAAUCAGCAUACACAUAGUUCAUUUGUGUAUGGGCUACUCUCGGAUUCUUGUUAUUGUACACUUUUGUUUAGUCCAUAUUUUGUCCAAAGGCACAAGGCAAAACACCACUUUUCAUUGAGAAGAAAAGUGCAGAGCAUGAAUGAAUUGCUCUUUGUUCUGGAAGUUUCCAUGUAGUGGUAGCAAUGUGGAAAGUGGGUAUAAAAAAACCUCCAUUGUGGUGAGGAGAAUUCUUCAGUGUCCCUUGUCCUCAUUAAUUCAGCUCAAGAUGGAUUUUGACUCAAACAGUUGCUGGUUCCAUUUGUAGAAAUGUUGAAAUCGGUUGGUUUUAUGGGUUUUUUUGGCUUGAAUUUUUAUAAAAUGUUUAACCAAUUGUACCUUUGCAUUAUUUAAUUAAAGUUGCUAAAAAAUAUUUCAUUUCAGUAAAAUGCUCAGCUCCCUUUUAAAAAUGUCCUUUAUUCGCUAACACUUCUAGUACACUCAGGUGAUGAGCCAAUUAAAUCUUAGUGUACAUGCUGUCGCAUGGGAAAUGAGUAGCAUCUGUUGUCAAUAAUUAUCUAUUUAAGAGCCUAGUCUGAUAACAUACACAAUAUUUUCUGUAGAAAUCUAUUGCACAUGUCCUUUCAAGGUGUUUUUCUUAAAGCCAAAAUAAAA